CGCACCGACUGUAGGAGAAGGGACGGAAAGAGUCCAGAACAUUCCGCCAGGUCUUGAAUUCCAGAUGUUCCAGCUGUGACUUCUCCCCGGCCCCUUGAUGGGACCACCGGCCGGCUGGACGCACGGGGACGCAGAGGCACGAAUGGGUCCCCAGCCGGAUGAAAGGACCCCAGCGUGGAGGCCAGGAGAUGGGGGCACGGCCCCUUCGCCCCUGCCCCCAGCCCUGUCCUUCCUUCUCCUCCUGCCACUGGCCAGUGCCCUCCAGCCCACUCCACUGCCCUUCCCAGAGCUGAGGCUGGUGGGGGGCCCCACCCGCUGCCGGGGGCGCCUGGAGGUCUUGCACGACGGCUCCUGGGGCAGCGUCUGCGACGACGACUGGGACGUGGUGGACGCCAACGUGGUGUGUCGCCAGCUGGGCUGCGGCCUGGCGCUGCCGGUGCCGCGGCCGCUCGCCUUCGGCCAGGGCCGGGGCCCCAUCCUGUUGGACAACGUGGAGUGCCGCGGGCAGGAGGCGGCGCUGAGCGAGUGCGGCAGCCGCGGCUGGGGCGUGCACAAUUGUUUCCACUACGAGGACGUGGCUGUCCUGUGCGAGGAAUUCUUGCCCUCGCAGUCCGCCACCAGGAGAGCGCCGACCAGCAGCGCGCCCCCUCCAACUCCGCAGAAUGGGAGAGACGAAGGCAGCGUGCGCCUGGCGGGGGGCGCGGGCCCGUGUCAGGGCCGCGUGGAGAUCCUGCACGCUGGGGUGUGGGGCACCGUGUGCGACGACGACUGGGGGCUGUCGGACGCCGCCGUGGUCUGCCGCCAGCUGGGCUGCGGCGCGGCCCUGGCCGCCACCACCAACGCCUUCUUCGGCUACGGCACGGGCCACAUCCUGCUGGACAACGUGCACUGCGAUGGCGACGAGCCGCAGCUGGCCGGCUGCUCCAGCCUGGGCUGGGGCGUGCACAACUGCGGGCACCACGAGGACGCCGGCGUGUUCUGCGCAGUCCUAGACCCUCCAACUCCCACAGCACCGCCACCCUCAGCCACAAGAGACGACUCGGCCUGGCACACGGAGCGCGCAGCUACUCGGGGCGGUGCCCAGCCCUCGGGGGAGCCGGCGCCGCUGACCACCGCUGCCUGGGCAGCGGGGAGGAAGAGCGGGCGGCUGCGGCUGGUGGGCGGCCCGGGCCCGUGCCGCGGCCGCGUGGAGGUGCUGUACGCCGGGGGUUGGGGCACCGUGUGCGACGACGACUGGGACUUCGCGGACGCGCGCGUGGCCUGCCGCGAGGCGGGCUGCGGACCCGCGCUGGGCGCCACUGGCCUCGGGCACUUCGGCUACGGCCGCGGCCCCGUGCUGCUGGACAACGUGGGUUGCACGGGUACCGAGGCCCGCCUCAGCGACUGCUUCCACCUGGGCUGGGGCCAGCACAACUGCGGCCACCACGAGGACGCCGGCGCGCUCUGCGCAGGCCCAGAUGAGCUGGUCCAGCAGGAGGGGUCUGAGACCACGCGGGUGCCCACGCCUCGGCCCAGGGAUGGGCACCUUCGUCUGGCCAACGGAGCCCACCGGUGCGAGGGGCGCGUGGAGCUGUUCUUGGGGCAGCAGUGGGGCACCGUGUGCGAUGAUGCCUGGGACCUGCGGGCAGCCGGCGUCCUGUGCCGCCAGCUGGGCUGUGGCCAGGCCCUGGCGGCCCCCGGCGAGGCCCACUUCGGCCCAGGCCGGGGCCCCAUCCUCCUGGACAACGUCAAGUGCCGUGGGGACGAGAGCACACUGCUCCUGUGCUCGCACAUCCGCUGGGACGCUCACAACUGUGACCACGGCGAGGACGCCGGCGUCCUGUGCCGGCCGUUAUGACCCAGCCGGCCCUGCAGGCCACCCCUCACCCCUCCUCCUCCUGUGGCUACUGCAGUUCACUUCGCCCCUUCCUGCCCUUGCCUGGGAGAGAGCCUGCCCGGAUGGUGUGGUCCUGCAGGGGCAGGCGGGGUGGGGUGGGGGAAGCCCGGCCCUGCCUGCUCACCGUGUGACCCUGGCCUGUCAUCAGCUAUUGUGGGUCCACUUCCACGGACACUCCCAUGUUUUGCUUGACCAAAACAAAAUGUGGGGAAGAGAAAUCGCCCCUCACCUCCUGUCCUAGGUGGGGCUCCUGAUCCGACACCCUCGACCCCUGUCUUCCCCGACCUGCAGCCUGGGGGCCUCACCAUGAAUGGGGCGCCUCAGUCUCCCAGGGCCUGCAGAAGAACCUGGGCCCUGGCCCUGCCCUGCUCUCCCAGGGCCUGGACUCGGAUGGUGCUCAGCUGGACAAGGGGACUGGAGGGGCCGAAGCAGGGACAGGGGCCCCUCCCCGCAGCGGGAACCAGCGUCUCCCACGUGUGCUGCCCCCACCACAGAGCUCCCACUUUGCUGCCGCAAAGAAUGCGGGGGGUGGGGGGGCCUGCAGCCACCCUUUCACAGGUGCCAAGUCAAUAAAGCACUGUGCCCGGUCUG